CAACUGAAUCGAUUCUGAACCCGAAUGAAAAAUGCACUCUCUUGCCCGACACCACAAUUCCUCUCCUCCCCUCUUCUCUGUGAAAUGAAGCGGCCUAAAGACGAUCUCCCCUCCUCGCCUCCCUGCUUCUUUGUGAAAUCAAGCUCCCCGCUUCUCUGUGGAUCGAGCUUCCUCUCUCGGAAAACACGGAAGGCCAUUCGAGUUCGAGGAGUACUACGUCCAGGUCUGCGGAAGAGAACCCAUCUCGAAGGCCAGAUCUGCGCCACGGAGAUGAAGUUACAAUGUGAUGAAAAGAGGUCCUUCAAUGGAGAAGCUGAGGCCAUUUCAGAAUCUGUGUUGUUUUCAUUUAAUUGUUAUUGUGGAGUAGUUGAUAGUAAUGUAAUUUGCAAUUUGUAGCUUUUUGUAAUACUCUUUCUUGGCAUGGGUUUUAUGUUCUAGCCCCGUGUUUGCCACUGUAUGCCAAAACAUGAUAUUUGUGUGAUUGGCAAGUAAAUGUAAUGGUUGGAGACUCCAUAUUAGAUUUUGAU